AUGAACGGCCGGGCUCGGAGGCCGGCGGCGGCCCGCUGCUCGAAAGCGACCCCGAAGAGCGACAGCAGAGUGAUGGAGAAGGAUCCGAGGAAGGCCGCGACGCCGGUGAAGGGAUCGGCCAACGCGGGCACCAGGGUCACCAUGAACAGAAUUCAGUCGAGGAGAGAGCGGAAGCUCGCGCUGCAGCAAGAUGUGGAUAAGCUGAAGAAGAAGCUGAGCCACGAGGAGAACGUCCACCGUGCUCUGGAGCGGGCGUUCACGCGGCCGCUCGGCGCCCUGCCUCGCCUGCCGCCGUAUCUGCCGUCUCAGACGCUAGCUCUUCUCGCGGAGGUAGCGGUGCUGGAGGAGGAGGUCGUCCGGCUGGAGGAGCAGGUGGUGAAUUUCCGGCAAGGGAUCUACCAGGAGGCGAUCAUCUUCUCCUCCGCCAAGAACUCCCAGCUCCCCGGCGGCGAAGUUCCCGUGCCGGCGCAGCUCACACCGUCGAACCCGGCGCUGAAUUCCGAGGCCUCACCGACGACAGUAAACCAAGGUUCAGACCAUCCUCCUCCCAACGCUUGUCCAUCGCCGCACAACGGCGUGGCCAAUGGCAAGCAAACGCCAAGAAAGCCGGUUAACGCUACCUCGACGUCGCCGAGCCAGGAUGACCGGUCCGGGGCAGGGAAGGAGAACCAGUCGUGCAGCAACACGUCGGGCACGAGCAGCCGCCAUACACCGCCGUUGCAGCAGAAGACGGCCAACAAGUCCAGGGCGAUGCCGCCUGACAGACGCAGUAGGGCUACUCCUGCUCAGCAGACAAACACUGCUGCGCCUGACCGUAAAAGGCCUGCUGCUGGAAGCAACUCUGACAAAGUGACGACGUCCCACGACGACUCGAGCUCAAGCGUGCCGAACAAACUGUCGGAGGAGCUGCUCCGGUGCCUGCUGACCAUCUUCUCGCGGAUGGGCUCGGCCGGCGGCGGCGGCCAAGGACAAGGAGGAGACGAGGAUCAGCAGGCGCCGUCCCCGUCGGUGUCCGGCUCCAGCGAGAGCUCGGGGUCGGGGUCGGGGUCGGAGGACGCGUACCCGCAGGACCCCUACGGCAUCCAGGAGCUGGGCGCCAGGGACAUCGGGCCCUACAAGCGGUUCCACGUGGUCGACGCCGCGUCCUUCGACCCCAAUGCGCUGGCCGGCGACGGCGACGGCGACACGCCCCUCGUCCGGAGACUGAAGGCCCUGCUGCGGAGGCUGUCGUCGGUUGACCUGGCUGUGGCGGGGCUCUCCCAUCAGCAGAAGCUGGCGUUCUGGAUCAACAUCUACAAUUCAUGCAUGAUGAACGCGUUCCUGGAGCAAGGGAUACCUACCACCCCGCAAAUGCUCGUGGCGAUGAUGCCCAAGGCCACCGUAAGCGUUGGUGGACGCACGCACAGCGCCAUGUCCAUCGAGCAUUUCACCCUCAGGCUGCCCUACAGCGCCAAGCAGGUGAGGCCCUGUCUGUCGCGCUCGAUCGAUACAGCCAUGCAUGGGCGUGGCAGUGAUGACUUGGAUCGAGUGGUUAGUUUAGUUGGACACGUACACGUACUAGUGCCCUGCGCCGCUGAACAUACGACUCGUGAGCAGGUGAAUCGGGAAGAAGGGGAGUUCGGGCUGGAGUGGCCUGAGCCCCUCGUCACCUUCGCGCUCUCCUGCGGCAGCUGGUCCUCUCCUGCGGUGAGGGUGUACACGGCGGCGCGGGUGGAGGAGGAGCUGGAGGCGGCGAAGCGGGAGUACCUGCAGGCGGCCGUCGGCGUGUCGACGCCUGGGAAGCUGGCGGUCCCGAAGCUCCUGCACUGGUACCUGCUGGACUUCGCCAAGGACGUGGACGCGCUCAUGGACUGGGUCUGCCUGCAGCUCCCGCCCGAGCUGCGGCACAAGGCGAUGCGGGUCGUGGAGGACGGCCGGCGCCGCGCGGGCGCCGAGCCCGGCUGCAUCCAGGUCCUCCCGUACGAGUUCAGGUUCAGGUACCUGUUGGCCUCAUGA